AUGCCAACAAUUACUAAGACUCAAUAUAAGAUGAGCAACUUCACUCAAGAAGAAUACUAUACCAAUUCUACUCAAGUAGAAUCUAUGCUGUCGUCCCUUGACUUUUACCGUUCCAUUUUAAGUUCCACUCAACCUCAACAAUUACCCAGAUUCAAAGUUGAUUUUGAUGUUAAUGGGCAGCUUAUUAUUGGAGUAGAAGAAGCUACUACAAAUGUAUGGCAUAGUGGAGCGACGUACACCACUGACAUUGCCGAUACUGUCAUGGUCACUAAAGGACAAAGAGCUAUACGGGCCAGUGGUCUUAAAUAG